GAUUUUGAUAACCCUGAUUAUGAGAAGUUUCCCAAUUUUAAAAAUGUUGUCGGCUAUGAGGCUGUAGUGGGCCCAGGAGAUGUGCUCUACAUCCCGAUGUAUUGGUGGCAUCACAUUGAAUCACUGUUGAACGGGGGAGUGACAAUCACUGUAAACUUCUGGUACAAAGGUGCCCCCACGCCCAAGAGGAUAGAGUACCCCCUGCGAGCUCAUCAGAAGGUGGCCAUCAUGAGAAAUAUUGAGAAGAUGCUGGGAGAAGCACUUGGAGACCCACAUGAAGUGGGACCUUUAUUGAAAUCGAUGAUCAAGGGGCGAUAUGACCAGGAUCAGAGUUAGAGCCAUGCUCCUAAAACUGUUAACUGGACUGCUUUGGAAACUGUUUGCCGUGUUUAAGUGAGACUGCUGCGUGCGUAAUGCAGAUUCUCACUUUGGAGCUAAGUACGUAUCACUGCAUGGCAAUAAGCGGCCAUUUUGAAACCAUUCUGCUUAAGUCGUCUCCGAGUGCCAUGGUCAUUGCAAAUACAUCAGUCACAGAAGAAACAUGUGACUAACUCAUGGGAACUUGUCCCACUUGAAGAAGUUUUUUUUUUCUUUUGUUUUUGAAAAGAAGGCCUAAUUUGACUUGAAGGGCCAGUGUGGGGGAUUUAAUGGCAUCUAGCUGUGACAUUGCAGACUGCAACCAACUGAAUACCCUUCCCUUUCUAAGAGAGCCUGCAGUGGCCUUCAGAUAACAUAAAAGUGCAAAAGGCCCUCUCAAGAUCCAGGGUUUAGUUUGUCUGUUCUGGGCUACCAUAGACACAUUCAGGGCCCUACGGAAGGCAUUAUUACGGAUUCCACAAUCUGAUAAUUAUGGACAAGCAGUGGGACUGUGCUAUGAUUGGCCAGUGCAAUGUGUUGUGAUUGGGUACCAGUAAUGUUGACACAUUGAGGUAGGAGGUGGUAAGGAUGAGGGCAAAGAGGUCAUGUUAAGGCCUAGUACAAGCCAAUCACAGCACAGUAGGGUGCAACUUACCCAAGAACAGUAGUGCAAUCCCCAAGGCCCUGAUCAUACAGAAAGAGUUUUAUCAGCUGGAGGUGCCUUUUUGUAAUUGUUGUUAAUUGUGUUUUUUGCAUUGUGAUGCGCCACCCAUUUCUGCGCUUUAAGCGGCUGCCGUUUUUGCUGGAGUGUUCUGAACUACUCGAGUUUAAAAAACUUCAACUCAGAGCGGAAAAAGGCCCCACUGCAUCUGUUUUUCAUCAUCUUUUUUCCCAUUGUCCAAUUGGAUGAUUUGAGAGGCGGCGGUUCUUCUGCUGUAGUCUGCUGUAAGUUUACAGUUGGUAAGCAAUGAAGGAGAAACUGGUGGUAGCAGUUGCUUGAUACCUAGAGCUAUACGGCCCAAUGAUAGACAGCAGGUUGUCAACUGCCCCCGAGUCAUCCUAUAAUAUGCCUGGAACCGGCCAUCAUCGAGGAGAAGCUCCUGGACCAACUGGUGGUACUCCCCAUGAUCCACCCUCUUUUUCAGGUUCUCAUGUACCCACACAGAUCUCAGUUACCCUGUGCCCAACAAACUAUUUAAUAGUUUUUUUUUUUCACCAGUGGCAUUCAAUUUAAAAAAAAGGCAGUGCGCCUUUGCAACCUGCAAAACGCUUUCUGUGUGAUAAGGGCACAAUAACACCAGCGGAAGAGGAACUGCUCCCUAUGUAGACAUGAAGGGAUCAUUCUAAGCUAACGAAAACACAAUGAUUCGUAGUUUCAGGUGAUUAUACACCAUGAAAACAUACAGGAUUCCAUUUCUGCCAGUUGAUCCCUCUAAAUCCUACACACUGGAUCCUUUAAGUCGAGAUAUAUUUAUGUAAAUCAGUAUUCUCUAUACAUCUUCAUAAUUCAAGUUAAACAUUUUUGAUUGCACUUGCUCCCCCAGUCAGUAGAAGUUGUCUGGGAUCGGUACCUUUAGAGAUAAAAUCUCAACGUUUUGACCACUAAUGGAUGGAGUCAAGGGUUAUUAUAUAUACAGUAUAUAUCAGCUAAAUACAGGACUUUUCUUAUAUAGAUGUGACAGCAGUUGUGGGAUGAAGUGUGGAGCGAUCAUAUUGUAUUCUCCAUCUUUAUCACAAAGACAGCUUUAAAAGUGAGUUGGUUCAUACCUCUGAAGAUGACAGGUCUUUUAAGUGUUUUUGAAAUAUUUAUCCACAUUAUCUGCAUUAUCUCCACUCCUGCCUAGCGUGGUUUUCAGGGAGUGAUAAGGCAAGAAUUUUUCUGUUGCAAAGAAGACAGCUAUAGGCACGGUAAUGAAACACAGAAGUACAGUGAUUAAAAACUGUGGUGAAAUACGAUCAAAAAUGUGUGUGGGUGUGAGAAAGAGAGGCUCAUAUAUUCAGCUGAAAUCAUAUGUGACUGCUUGCAGUUAAACUGUUUUAGCUGAGCGAUGCCGUAUUGUGUUUAUACUCUUGCUUGUUUGAUUUGUUUGACUUUAUUGAAUGUGCUAUUCUACGUACCGGUAAUAGGUGAGGGGGCUUGGAAAUAAAUAACUGCAGUUUUAGUCGCAAAUACAGUUAACUUAAAGAAAUGAAAGGAAAUACAUAUAUUAACAGACUGAUCUAGCAGAACCAUCUGCUAGUAUGUAGCUUAUGUAUCAGCAUUUGCAGUGCAACACAAUGCACCAUCUAGUGGUGACGUUGUAUAGUUACCUGCUCCAUGCACUAUACUGCUGCAAUACACAUAUCAAUAUGCAGGUUUGCAGCAGAUCUUGGAUGUAACUACGCUGCAGUGUGUACAAACGUCCAGUUGGAAACCUGUACUUGCUCUUAUGAUUACUGUUGGUUAAUAAUCCUCAGAAAGGACUGAUUUUACUUACAUGCAGCCAUAUUUCGAAGACCUUGAACAACUUGAAAGGUGGCCGUCUCUGGGUGACUUUAAAGUGCUUCCCAGGAGUAUUGUAAAAAUGUAAAUUAAACACAAGGGGGGGACAAUUUCAUAUGUAUGUGCCAAAACAAUAUGCAAACCAGUCAAGGGGAAUCUCCACAUUCAGAACGCUUUGUUUGCCUGUGACAUUGGAUCAAUCUGUAAAUGGUGAACUACAAAUUAGGAAUAUCCAAGCACUUAAUUUACCAGGACUAUACAGGCUUUCAGGGGGUUCGACAUUAUUAUGGUUUAACCUUUGAAUUGUUGAUAACUUGCCUAUCUAUUUCUUACAAGUUGCACAAUGAUGGAACAAAGAUGCUUCCUCUGUGAAAAAAUAAUUAACCUGAUGUAAGACUCAUGUUUCAUCUCUUGCUAGGUUAACCCUGUUUACUGUAUGUGCCUUGCUUUACGAUGGCGUGGCACUUAACGUUGCAAGGACAUGAUUUUUUUAAUUUUAUGAUUACAAUAUUUGUUUUCACUCGCAUUAAACAGCUUUAAAGGUGGGACUGACAAGGGUUCAUAGAGAUAGAGACAUGUUUUUAUUAAUGGAUGCCUGUCUUUUUUUUUUUGUUUUGAACAUACCAUAUGUGCUCUGCUGGUUACUCUGAUUAAAGUUUGUUUGCAAAGUUCUACACUA